UCUUCCUCUACUUCUUUCUCUUCUGCCAGAGAGAGAAAUUCUCUCUUUUCUCCACUCCAUGUUUCCACUAGUUCACAAUUUCGUCCCAUUGGUUCAAGGCAAGGAAAAGGUUAUUAAAGCAUUUGAGCUUGUAUCAGGGUUUUGAAAUCUCAAAAUCAAAACCCUAAUCUAAACUAAGGAAAAGGCAGAUCUAGGUGUUCAUCUUCUAGUUCUAACUCCAUAAUUUCAUCAAAAUGCCAAACAAUAUAGAAUUAAAGGAUUCUCAUGAGAACUUGGACAUUGCAACUAGUGCUAAUGCUAAUAUCUUCGAGGCUCUUGGGAAUGCUUUCUUCGAAAUUGAUACGGAUAUGGAAAAUGAGGACGUUAAUUAUAAUCAAACUAAGCAAGAGGUUGAGGCACCCACUCCAGUGAAUGAAGCUAGUAAUAUUGGUUCUGGUUUUGCAUCUAAAAAUCAAAGAAAAAGAAAAUCUCAUGUUGAAGAUACUACAGCUAAUAGUAAUGAGGGUCAUGUGCCUGUCCCUAUUAUUGAUAGUCUUGUUCUUGUAAAUCAAGAACCCCAAUUAAGAUCUCCUACAUGGAAUCACUUUAUUCUGAUCAUGGUUAGGGAAAAGAAAAUGGGCAAGUGUAAGUAUUGCAAGACACUUGUUCCUGUUGACAACAGGAAGAAUGGGACUUCACGUCUGCUAAAUCAUGUUAAUUAUUGCAAACUUCAUCUUGAGAACAAACCUAAACAGAACCUGAAGCAAAGCAUGAUUAAAUUUAAAACUGUUGAUGAUGAUCAUGGAAAUGAGGUUAUUUUAAUGACGAACUGGAAGUUUGAUGCAGUAGCUGUUAGGAAGGCUUUAGCCAUGUGGGUAAUAAUGGAUGAGCUUCCUUUUUGUAUUGUAGAGAAGGCAGGUUUUAGGAAAUUUUGUUAGGUUGCUUUUCCUCGUGAUUUUGAGGUUCCUUCUAGAAGAGGUUUAACUAGAGAUUGCUUAAAAAUUUAUGAUGAUGAGAAGAAAAAAUUGAAGUCAUU